AUGAAACGUUCUAAACUAGUCUUGUCUAUAGAUCAGCAUGUAAACCCUUCGAAAUUGACGCCUAAUUCUCAAUGUAACAAAAUGGUAAAUAAUGAAGAAUUAGUUGGCGGUUGUUGUGUGUGUUCGGAUGAUCAAGGUUUCUCAAAUAAUGCACUUGUUUAUUGCGAUGGCAAAGGAUGUACUGUGGCUUGCCACACAGCUUGCUAUGGUAUCGUCUCUAUCCCGGACGGCGAUUGGUACUGUCGUCGAUGUGAAGCAGGCGAACAUCAAGCACCAUGUCGAUUAUGUCCGCUGUUAGAAGGUGCAAUGAAGCGAACUUCGGACGGGCAUUGGGCACAUGUAAUAUGUGCACUUUACAUACCCGAAGCGUCAUUUGGAAACGAUUCGACAAUGGAACCGAUUAUGUUGUCAAAAGUUCCUUCGACACGAUUCGGACAGAUAUGUAUGAUUUGUAAGAAGAAUGGUCGACUGAAUAGCGAUGCAAUGAAAGGUGCUUGUUGUGAAUGUACAGUUAAAAACUGUUCGCAAGUAUUUCAUGUUACCUGUGCACAACAAGUCGGGCUCCUAUAUGAAGAUGUACGAAAGAACAAUUGUCAAUAUCUGAUCUAUUGUGAACAACAUCAACCAAAGUUUUCCAAAUUUAUCAGACAAAUACCUGCAUUUCAGUACAAAUCAUUCGAACAUCAAAAGAUUGGAAAAGAGAAAAUUGACAUAACGGAUACAGAUGAGACUGUGCAAACAAUCAAUAGACAAUUCAAUCAGGAAAAACGUUCGAGGUCGAAUGAUGAGACUAGUCAGACGCCAACACCAACUGGCUCGUUGAAUAACCUAACUCAAUUCGUUGAGUUGAGUAAAAAAGAAGGCAAUACACUGUCAUCAACUUUUGACAAAAGCAAACGAGACUCAACUGAUAUUAGUAGCACUGGACAACAAUCUCCUAAUCAUUCAGCUAAGAAAACUUCAAGCUCGAAAAUCAAAACCGAAGAGAAUGAUGUUGAUUAUCCAAUAAUCGAAAAAACAAAACCUUCCAAAGAUGUCCAACUGCGUAAGAAACGUCAACACUCAAGUGAAGGUGGUCCUCGACCUGUUGGUCGUCCUCCAACGAAAACUCUGGUCUCACCUUCAAAGUCGAAUACUAUAUCUGCGCCUGCGAAAGGUGAAGACUGUCAGUCGAAAUCCGAUCGGACUCCAAUCGAUUUCUAUCCGCGUCGACCGUUAGCUCAACCAUCGACUACACAACAAGCAGCGCGCUCCUUUCCACCGCAAACGUUAGAAGAAUUUCUCGAACAAGAAUGGGAAUCGACCAGCGAUUUUCUUCUUCAACAAAGCAUGCCACAUGAUGUUUCAUCUCUACUAUCGUGUCUAUACCAGUUCAAAUCGGAAAAUGCUAGUUUAAAAAAACAAUUCGAUGAAUUGAAACAUCGCCGAGAUUCUCUUCGUGUAACUAACGCUAAUCUACGGCGCAAGCUCUCGGAAAUUUUGUCAACAAAGGAAACAGCUCCUACUUCUGAUACACAACGUCUUCCGCCUACUCAUCAACACAUAAUCAAAACUAGUAAAUCUCCUCAUCUGGAACAUCCACGAAAACUUCCUCAACUAUCUUCAACUGAAAUGGACUAUUUCUCCAAUAAUUCCAUUUCGUCUUCCUCGACAUCUUCGCUACCCUGCGAAACAAUCAAUCCAUAUACUAUGAUUAAAAACGAACGUUUACCACCGCUUCCCCUACCUCCACCAUCUACCAAUGGUCUUAGUUUAGAACUUCUCUCCCAAAUUCUCGCUACUAACGGCCCUCAACUAUUUGCGCCUACUUGGAACAUAUCUAAUUUCGGUUAUGCAAGUUUCCCUGGCGCCAAUGCAAUAUCCCUUUCUGAUGAGUCAAUCAUACGUUCGUAUCAACCACCAUUCGAUCAAUAA